AUGUUAAAGCAUGCCUUAAGAGUGAUGUAAGUCUUUAGACCAAAAUUAUUGCAUUGUACACCUCUUCAAACAUUGUCAAUAAGAGGACCUCUUUUUACUAACAUUCCUGUUAGUUAUUUCUCUACAUCCUUGCCAAAGCAUAAGAAAUUAGAAAUGCCUGCUCUAUCGCCAACAAUGGAGACAGGCAAUAUUUAGAAGUACUUAAAGAAAAUAGGUGACCCAAUUACAGCAGGCGAUGUACUCUGUGAGGUUGAGACUGAUAAAGCAACCGUAGGAUUUGAAAUGCAAGAUGAAGGAUUCUUAGCUCAAAUCCUUGUCCCCGAAGGCUCAAAGGGAGUCAAAGUUGGGUAAUUAGUUGCAGUAAUUGUUCCAAAGUAAUCAGAUGUGGCAGCAUUUGCAAAUUUCAAAGAUUCGCCAAAUAAAUAACCUGAGUAAAGUUAAGCUGCUUCAAAGCCAGCCUCUCCACCAUAAUAAACACCGCCACCUUAACAAGCAGCAUCUAGACCCACAGGAGGUGCACUUCCUAAACACUCCAAAUUAGGACUUCCAGCUUUAUCCCCAACUAUGGAAAAGGGAAAUUUAAUGAAAUGGCUUGUUAAGGAAGGGGAUUAGAUAAGUCCUGGUGAUGUAAUUUGCGAGAUUGAAACAGACAAAGCUACUGUUGGAUUUGAAGUUCAAGAGGAAGGUUACAUUGCAAAAUUAAUGGUACCAGCUGGAAGUAAAGAUAUCAAAUUAGGAACUAUAUUGGCAAUCUCAACUCCAAAGAAGGAUAAUGUAUCUAGCUUUGCUAAUUAUACUCUUGAUGGUGCUGCUGCACCUGCUAAAACUACUUAAGCCCAACCAGCAUAAGAAUAAUAAUAAUCUACCAAUAGUGAUACACCAAUAUAAACAGUUUCUUAAUCUGGUUAGAGAAUAUUUGUUUCACCACUCGCUAAAGAGUUCGCAAAAAAGAAUAAUGUUGCUUUAGAGUAUGUAAAAGGUACUGGUAUAGAAGGAAGCAUUGUGAAAAAAGAUGUUGAGAGAUUUCUUUAAUCUGGAUCGAAACCUGAAGUAUAAUAAUAAGCUGCUAUUUCUUCAGAACAACCAAUUUAAUAAACAACUCCUCCUGCUGAAGCUAAAUAAUAAACUAAACCAGCAACUCCUUCAAAACCAGUUGCUAUUGAAGGCAAUCCAUAUAUUGACACAGAGCUUACUAAUAUGAGAUUAACAAUUGCUGCUAGAUUGUUAGAAUCAAAAACAACAAUACCUCACUAUUACUUAACUAUGACAGUUACCAUGGAUAAAGUCUUAAAAGUGCGAGAAGAAUUAAAUAAACUAUAAAAAGUUAAAAUUUCUGUCAAUGAUUUCAUAAUCAAGGCGAGUGCUUUGGCAUUGAAAGAUAUCCCAUAAGCUAAUUCAUAAUGGCAUGGAACAUAUAUUAGAAAAUUUGCAAAUGCUGAUAUCUCCAUAGCUGUUGCCACUGAUGCUGGUCUAAUUACUCCAAUUGUUUUUAACGCAGGCAGCAAAGGACUUGGUACAAUUGCAUCAACUGUAAAGGAAUUAGCUGACAAGGCCAAAGCUAAUAAACUUAAACCUUAAGAAUUUAUUGGUGGCACUUUUACCAUUUCAAAUCUAGGAAUGUUUGGCAUUGACUAAUUUAUUGCUGUUAUUAAUCCACCUCAAGCAGCUAUUUUAGCAGUCGGAAAAACAAGUAAGAGAUUUGUUCCUGAUGAAAAUGGCUAACCUAAGGUUGAAAACUAAAUGGAUGUUACAUUAUCUUGUGAUCAUAGAGUAGUUGAUGGAGCUGUUGGUGCAUAAUGGUUACAAAGAUUUAAAUAUUAUAUUGAGGAUCCUAAUACAUUAUUGCUAUGA